AAAAUACAUUUUAACAGAACAAUUACUUAAAAAUUUUAGUAUUAAUUCAAGAUUCAUAAUUUUAUAACAAAAUAAUGUACUCAGAUUCAGAAUAUUGUAAAAGAAAGAAGUUUAAUUCGUCUAAAAAAUGUAUUAAUAAUGAUCAUUCGCCCAAAUCACGAGGUCAUAUCUCAGUAACCCCGCAAAUGAUUCGUUUAGCAGUUAAAAAGUUACAACUACGCAAAGUUUAUGUUAAUUCAACUCUUAUCAGUCAAUAUCUACGUCAUCGUUACCCGAUUGAUAGUAAUUUGAAAACAUUCACUGAAGAAUUGAAAAAGAAAUUGGAUUGCGCUGUUCAUGUUGGAUUAAUAAUAAAACACGGAGAAGAUGAUUAUUGCCUGCCUACUCUGAGGGAAGAAGCAAAUAUACUUAAAACAAUGUUUACUGCAUUUUGGGAAAUGUAUCAAAAUUAUCCUAGAGCAAAUGCUUCACAAAGCAAAAAUCAAAAUCCGAAACGUUCUAUUUCCAAGAAGAAAUAGGAAUAGUAUAAUAAAAUGAAAUAACUCGAAUGCAAAUUUGUACAUCGA